GCGGCGGCGUUGGCGGCGGCGGCGACGGUGGCGGCGGCGGCGGCGGCGGCGGCGUUGUCGGCGGCGGCGUCGGCGGCGGCGUCGAAGGCGGCGGCGGCGACGACGGUGGCGACGUAGUCGGCGGCGGCGACGGAGGCGGCGGCGACGGCGGCGGCGGCGACGACGGCGGCGGCGUCGGAGGCGGCGGCGUCGGCGGCGGCGGCGACGACGGCGGCGGCGACGUCGGCGGCGGCGACGUCGGCGGUGGCGGUGACGGUGGCGGCGGCGACGGGGGCGGCGGCGAGGGUGGCGGCGGCGAGGGCGGUGGUGGCGAGGGAGGCGGCGGCGACGGCGGCAGAGGUGAGGGUGGUGGCGGGCUCGGCGGGGGCAGGCUGGGAGGGGGUGGGCUGGGCGGUGGCGGCGAGGGCGGCGGUGGCGAGGGGGGUGGCGUCGAGGGCGGUGGUGGCGAGGGAGGCGGCGGCGACGGCGGCGGAGGCGAGGGUGGCGGCGGGCUCGGCGGAGGCGGGCUAGGUGGCUGCGGAGGCGAGGGCGGAGGCGGGCUCGGCGGAGGCGGGCUGGGCGGCGGCGGUGAGGGUGGCGGCGGCGAGGGGGGUGGCGGCGAGGGUGGCGGCGGCGAGGGUGGUGGUGGCGAGGGUGGCGGCGGCGACGGCGGCGGCGGCGAGGGGGGCGGCGGGCUCGGCGGGGGCAGGCUGGGAGGGGGUGGGCUGGGCGGUGGCGGCGAGGGCGGUGGUGGCGAGGGUGGCGGCGGCGACGGCGGCGGAGGCGAGGGUGGUGGCGGGCUCGGCGGGGGCAGGCUGGGAGGGGGCGGGCUGGGCGGUGGCGGCGAGGGCGGUGGUGGCGAGGGGAGUGGUGGCGAGGGCGGUGGUGGGGAGGGAGGCUGCGGCGAGGGCGGUGGUGGCGAGGGCGGCGGCGGGCUGGGUGGAGGCGGGCUGGGUGGCUGCGGAGGCGAGGGCGGUGGCGGGCUCGGCGGAGGCGGGCUGGGCGGUGGCGGUGAGGGUGGCGGCGGCGAGGGCGGUGGUGGCGAGGGUGGCGGCGGCGAGGGCGGUGGUGGCGAGGGAGGCGGCGGCGACGGCGCAGGCGGCGAGGGUGGUGAUGGAAAUAGGCGCAGGCGGGCUGGGAG